AUGAGAGCCCACAAUGCCGCCAGGCUCGCCCAGCGCCCCUCUCCCGCCUCUUACCGGCUCACCGGCAAGACCGGCUCAUCACGGCCCGCACAUGCAGUCACUGCCUCGGCCGCUGCCUUUCACUCCUCGCCUACCAUGUACGAUGGCAGCGACGCUGACCAACCCAAGAGUGGCAUAGCUGCGGCCCUGGCUUCGGGUCAGGGCAACCAGGCCUCGUCCUCCACACCUCGACGUGACCAAGACGAGGGCGACAACGACUCGGCACUCGCCUUUGGAGGAGGCGCAUCCUCUCGCGGCGGCCCAUCCCCUGCCCCUUCCAUCGCAGACAUUUCUCACGCAGACAUCUUCAUUAGACCGCAGCCAUCCCCGAGUGCCCACCCCUCCUCUUCCAAGUUCACUCAUUCCCAGUCUACGAUGAUCAGCGGCUCUGCGGGCAAAGGUGCGGUGCCUGGCUAUGGCAAACGCAGGGCAGGAGUGCCAGACGGCACCAGAACCACCACGAGGGAGAGGGACGAUGAAAUCGUUAGAGGUUACGAACACACUUACGCACCCAGUAGCCGAUCACCCGCAGCACUGCCUCGCCAUACGUACUUCUCCAACUCCUCGACGUCCUUCAAUGCAGCCGCAUCUGCCCCCGCCCCAUCCACAUCCAGCGCUGGCCAUCUCCAUGCAACACUCAAGCCCAAGAAGACCGCACUGAUCUUUCCAGGUCAGGGAUCUCAGUACGUGGCCAUGUGUAGAGACAUCUACCGCUCCUUUCGCUCUGCUCGGUCCGUCUGGCAUCUGGCAGAGGAGGCCCUGAUCACUCCGGUCAAUCCUUCUACCUCGCCGAGUGCUGAUUUCCACCACAAUUCAUUCGAUGAGAGCAGCAAGUUGUCCAUGCGGCAUUCUAGUCUAGGGUACAUUCCAGGCAGCGGCCAUGACCGUGCAGAAAGUCCCGAGCAAAGGAGAAUAUUCGAGGAAGAAUUGGCAAAGAGUCACAUCUGGGACGAGAAACGGGCGAGAAGAGGCAGACGAGGAUGGUUGAGAGACGCCGUGUUCUUCGGCGACCAGUUGGAUCUCACGCGAGCAGAAAAUGCGCAGCCAUCGAUCCUCGUCGCUACUCUGUCGAUCUUGGCAGUGCUUCGCAAGGAAUUUUCUCUCGACCUCGUGCGAUCUAAAGUCUCCUUCGCAGCUGGACAUGGCUCAGGAACGUACGCUGCGCUGGUCGGAUCCGGCGCUCUCGAUAUGAUUGAUGCUGUACGACUUAUGCGUCAUCGCGGCCUCAUUUCUUCGCAACAUGUGUACAACCAUCCGAUCUUAUUUCCCGAGGGCUGCAAGCGGCCAGAGAGCAUUUACGAGACCUGGGCAUUUGCCAAUGCGGGUAGUGGAAAAGGAGCCGAGCUCCUCGAGAUGGACGAAGAUUUGGCGUUGAAUGCGGGCGGCGUGCCCCCCACCAGCUCCACAACGGACGGACAAGUGGCAGCGCAAGAAUCCAAGAGUCAAGGGGACGAGCAAGCCCACAAUAGACACAGGGCUACGAGGAGGGGAUGGAAGCGAACGCAAAUGUCAGGAGUCAUGGUCAGGCCGGGCAUGCUGCCUGCUGUCCUGCAAGAAGUCACCCAGAUCCAGAACGACAUCGCUGCCUCUCGAGUAGCUGGCGUAAGCAACGAUGAGGUAGUCGAAGUAGCCAACAUCAAUUCAGCCCUACAAGUGGUCCUCAGUGGGACUCGAGUGGGCGUUUCUGUUGCAUGCGAAAGGCUGAGGAUGAAGAACCUGGGCGCUCGAGCUGUCAAUCUGCCCGUAUCGGGGCCCUAUCACUCUUCCCUGAUGACAGGAGCCGUGCUCGGACCCGCUCUGGAGAAUCUGCCUCUCCGCGAUCCGGACCCAGGCUUGAGGCUGGUGAGCAGCGUCGAUGGAGCUCUGCUGACUACUGCACAAGACAUUCGUAGCGACCUGCGAGGCGCACUGCACAAGCCCGUUCGCUGGCUUGAUUCUGUAGAUCGCCUUCGCAAAGAGGGCGUUGAGCGCUUCGUUUGCCUUGGUCCCGGCCGGGCAUGCGCGCAUCUCCUCAGCAAGGAGCUUGGCUAUAGGGACAAGAUAGAGAGGGAGAAGAGAAGGAGAAUGGGAGGUUCCGCGGCAGAGGGGCCUGAAAGAGAGUAUGAGGUCUGGAGCGUUGCAACAGUCGAAGACAUCGAAACCCUCUCGAAUGUCCUGUCUCGCAUAGAGAUAGGAGGCGCAAAGACCGAAGUCAUGGACUUCUCCGCUGACCAGUUCCCGGGAGCAGGUGAGCAGCAGACUGGUCACGGAGGGAGAAGAGAAGGGGGUGUAGAUAGAGGCAGGCUGGCAGUGUAG